AUGGGGAAGCGCCAUGGUGCAACUACAUUGUCAAUGAGCACGACCACAACAUUGGAUCCACGCCUGACGACCCGCGAGGCCGCUCUCCUGCGCCAGAUCCGCGCCUCCGUGCGCUGCCUCGCCGGCCAGCUAUGCCGUCCCGAGCGCGCGCAGUUGCUCGAGCUCCCGCCGCAGAUCUCCGGCCCGCGCCAGCACCUCCGGACGGAAGGAGGAAAGAAGGGCCCCGCCGCCGCCCAGCCGCCCGGGCUUUGCCCGAUGACCGUUGCCGGCGGCGGCGAGGGGAGGGAAGGGUGGUGGUUGUGGCUGCUGGAGGAGGCUAGGCCGCCGCCCCGUCACCGGUCGGCCGCCGCGCCGCCGUCCGCCGCCGCUCCUCGGAUCUACAGCCCGCCCCGCAAGUCUCUGUCCAUCGACGCUCGCAGUAGCCGCCCAAAGUCCCCGUGGUGUUGUCUCCCCAUCUGCCGCCACUCCCUCCAUUGGUCGUCGCCGGCAGCCGCACGAAGUAGAGGUCCCGACGGGCCUAGCCACAAGAUCCACGGUAUAGAAGCCAUUCCCCCAGGUCAAGAUGGCACUGAUUGUUUGGCAUAUAUUUUAACUGGGUCUGCCGAAUGGACCGAUGAGAAUACUCGGAUUAUCGUGGAGUUGUUUGUGAAACAAGUGAAGGCUGGAAACAUGCCAACCACUCAUUUGACACCCAGUGCAUAUGAUGAGGUGGGAAAGGAGUUCUUGAUGAGAACUGGGCUUGAGUACACACCAAAGCAAGACCUUCCAGGUUGUGGCAAGUUCAAGAAGCAUGGACUCCGUAACGAAGAAGGCUUGCGCGUCUUGUUUGAGGAUAUCAGUGUUGAUGGCACUGACCAUUGGAACCCCGCAUCUGGUCUGCCUCCCCCCUCUAGUUCGGCAUUGAAAAUAGCCUUGAAUGUUGACGAAAUCACCGAUCUUGAUUUGGAGGAUGAUAGUGAAGAGCAACCUUCUCCGACAGUAGCUAGUUCAUCUAAAGUGAGGCUUGGGGUCACGAUUCCAGAGAAGAACAAGAAAUCGAAGACUUCACAAGUGAUGCAAGAGGAGAUUAGAAAGAUUAGUUCUAUUGCCCAAGCUUCACACACAUCGUUUCAGUCUUUUCUACAGAAAGAUGAGACCAUUUCUGUUGCCUCUACCAUGGAUUUAGUUCGUGCUUGUGGUGCAAUAGACGGCACUGAUGAGCAUUUCAUUGCUACUGAGCUCUUUCUGAAGAGAGAGCAAAGAGAGAUGUUCUUGCACAUGACAUCCAACUCUCGAAAGGGUUGGUUGCGUAGGAGGUUUGACCUCAAGUAUGGGAACUAGUUUGUUCUAUCUUAUCUUAGCUAUGGGAACAAUAUUUAUGCGUAUGUUGGCGAACCUAUUAUUAUCUUGUGCUAUCGGUACAAUAUUUAUGCCUAUGUUGGCGAACCUAUUAUUAUCUUGUGCUAUCGGUACAAUAUUUAUGCCUAUGUUGGCGAACCUAUUAUUAUCUUGUGCUCGGAACAAUAUUUAUGCUUAUGUUGGUGAACCUAUUAUUAUCUUGUCGGUGAACAUAUUUAUUCUUAUGUUGGUGAACAUAUUGU